AUGACUAAUACAACAACAACACCAACAGGCGAUAUAUAUGAUAGAUUAAAGACAUUGGGCAUUGAGUUGGGCAAGCCAGCAGUGUCAGUUGCAUCGUUUGUGAUGAGUGCUCAGACUGGUAACUUGGUGUUUGUAUCGGGCCACAUUGCAAAGAGACAGGAUGGCUCGGUUUGGAUUGGUAAGCUAGGCGAUGGCAUCAAUACGGACGAGGGUAAGAGGGCCGCACGUGCCAUCGCCAUCGACCUGAUCACAACACUGCACAGCCACACUGGUGGCGACUUGAGCAAGGUGAAGCGCAUCGUCAAGGUCAUGGGACUGGUCAACUCGACGCCUGUCUUCAACGAGCAGCAUCUCGUCAUUAACGGCUGUUCAGAACUACUCGGCCAAGUGUUUGGUGAUGCCGGCAAGCAUGCCCGUUCAGCAUUCGGUGUUGCUCAGAUCCCCAUGGGUGCAUGUGUAGAGAUAGAGAUGAUCGUAGAGGUCCAACCAGUAUCCAAGCUGUAG